UUAUAAAUAACGCGACCGAACGAUCCUGCAAGGUUUUUUGUUCUUCCUUUACGCCCCAUCGUAACCAUGUUUGUAUACAAGCGAGACGGUCGUAAAGAAAAAGUCCAGUUCGACAAGAUCACCGCCCGCGUUUCGCGUCUUUGCUACGGCCUCGACCCUCAACACGUCGACGCUGUCCACAUCACGCAACGUAUCAUUAAUGGCGUUUACCAUGGUGUUACCACCGUGGAACUCGACAAUCUUGCUGCCGAAACUGCCGCGUACAUGACUACCGUUCACCCGGACUACGCCAUUCUUGCUGCUCGUAUUGCCGUGUCCAACCUGCACAAGCAGACAAAGAAGGUGUUCAGCCAGGUCGUUGAGGAUCUAUACACAUAUGUGAACCCUCGCAACGGUAAGCUGUCUCCCAUGAUUUCGGAUGAGGUGGCUGAGGUUGUCCGCAAGCAUGCCGACGAGCUCAAUUCUGCUAUCGUGUAUGAUCGUGAUUUCAACUACAAUUACUUUGGUUUCAAGACAUUGGAACGUUCUUACCUGCUCAAACUCAAUGGCAAGGUUCAUGAGCGUCCCCAGCAUAUGAUUAUGCGUGUUGCAUUGGGUAUCCAUGGUGCCAACAUCCCUAAAGUUCUCGAGACUUACGAGCUCAUGUCUCAAAAGUAUUUCACUCAUGCCUCACCCACUCUCUACAAUGCUGGUACCCCUCAGGCCCAGAUGUCAUCGUGCUUCCUGGUUGCCAUGAAGGACGACUCCAUUGACGGUAUUUACGACACCCUCAAGACCUGUGCCCUUAUUUCGAAAUCUGCUGGUGGCAUUGGCCUGCAUGUCCACAAUAUUCGUGCCACUGGCUCUUAUAUCGCUGGUACCAAUGGUACUUCCAACGGUCUGCUCCCUAUGCUCCGUGUUUUUAACAACACUGCUCGUUAUGUCGAUCAAGGUGGCAACAAGCGCCCUGGUGCCUUUGCCAUCUAUCUCGAACCCUGGCACUUUGAUGUUUUCGAGUUCAUUGAUCUGCGCAAAAACCAUGGAAAAGAGGAAGUCCGUGCUCGUGACUUGUUCUUGGCCCUUUGGAUCCCUGAUCUGUUCAUGAAGCGCGUCAAAGCUAAUGAGGAUUGGACCCUUAUGGACCCUAACGAGUGCCCUGGACUUUCUGAUGUCUAUGGCGAUGAGUUUGAGGCUUUGUAUUCCAAGUACGAACAGGAAAAUAAAGGUCGCAAGACCAUUCCUGCUCAGAAGCUUUGGUAUGCUAUCCUUGAAGCUCAAACUGAGACUGGCAACCCUUUCAUGUUGUACAAGGAUGCUUGCAAUCGUAAGAGCAACCAGAAGAACCUUGGUACCAUCAAGUCCUCUAACUUGUGCUGUGAAAUUGUCGAGUAUUCUUCUCCUGAUGAGGUUGCCGUGUGCAAUUUGGCAUCAAUGGCGCUUCCCUCGUUUGUUGAAAGUGAUGACAACGGUACGUGGUACGACUUCAAAAAAUUGCAUGAUGCAGUCAAGGUUGUCACUCGCAACUUGAACUGUAUUAUCGACAAGAAUUACUACCCCGUUGAAGAAGCCCGUCGCUCCAAUUUCCGCCACAGGCCUAUUGCCUUGGGUGUCCAGGGUUUGGCUGAUACCUUCUUUGCAUUGCGCUUGCCUUUCGACUCUACGGAGGCCAAGCAUCUCAACAUCCAGAUUUUCGAGACGAUUUAUCAUGCUGCUCUCGAGUCUUCCAUUGAGCUCGCUCAAGAACUUGGUCCUUACGAGAGCUACCAGGGCUCUCCUGCAAGUAAGGGCAUUCUCCAGUACGAUAUGUGGAAUGUCACUCCGACUGAUCUGUGGGACUGGGACACUCUCAAGGCUAACUUGGCCCAACACGGUAUCCGCAAUUCUUUGUUGGUUGCUCCCAUGCCCACAGCUUCCACCUCUCAGAUUCUCGGCUUCAAUGAGUGUUUCGAGCCUUACACCUCCAACAUUUAUUCGCGCCGUGUUUUGGCUGGUGAGUUCCAGAUUGUCAAUCCUUACCUGCUGAAGGACUUGGUUGAGAUGGGUCUUUGGAACGACGACAUGAAGAACCGUCUUAUCGCAAGCGGAGGUUCUAUUCAGCACAUUGCUUCUAUUCCCGACGAAAUCAAGGAACUUUAUAAAACUGUUUGGGAGAUUAGCCAAAAGACCGUUAUUGACAUGGCGGCUGACCGUUCUGCUUUCAUCGAUCAGAGCCAGUCUUUGAAUAUCUACAUUCAGGCUCCUACGAUGGGCAAGCUCACCAGUAUGCACUUUUACGGAUGGCAAAAGGGCCUCAAGACUGGUAUGUACUACUUGCGUACCCAGGCAGCUUCGGCUCCCAUUCAGUUCACUGUUGACCAGGAGAAACUAGCACUGGAAGAGACGAACGUUGCCAGUCACAAGCUGUCUCGUAAGAAGUAUAUUCCCCGUACCUCAAUCAAUGAUCUGGCGGGUGACAUCUCUCGUGUCUCUCUUGAUCAGGACGAGUCUACUGCUAAUACUACCCCCGCUGAGACCCCUGAAGCUGAGUCUACUGCUAAGCCUGUCGUUACUGAGAACACCGCUACCCCUAAGCCCACUGGCGAGGUCAACAUUUUCAGCGACGAGGUUCUUGCAUGCUCCAUCAACAAUCCCAGCGCUUGUGAGAUGUGCUCCGGCUAGGCCCGUUACGUUUUGAUAGAUAGCUUUGAAAAAAAAAGCUUUUCUUCUUGUUAGUUAUGAAUUUGAUA